GAACAAUUUGUGUUGUGUAUGUGGGCUUAUUUGGACAGCUGGCAGCUAACAAGCGGCAGCUUAGUGUGUGUUUACAGUCAAGAAAGCAAAGCCAACUCCAGGCAAGGCCCAAGUGGUGUGGCAUUUACUGUCAAUAUAGCAGGAGAGAGAAAGAAGUGAUAAGGAGUGUUGGCUGCAGACUGCAACCCUGAAAGUGUGUAAAAAUCAGCCACCUGCUUGCAGGGAGAAGGACUGGGAGGAAUUUGGAUAAUUUGCAUACUUUCUGGGCUGAACAAACAAUAUGCGUGGAAAAGGAAGCAUUUUUGAGCUAGAGCUGAAUAUACUGGGAUUGUUAUCCCUGCAGGAACAUCAGAAGGCUUUCCCUGAAGAAACACGGAGGAUCACUUCUUACCAUGAAGCAACUCACUGAAGAAGCUAUAGAGCAAUACAUCCAUAAUAAGGUGGAUGUGAGGCACCGAGUAGUCUCUAGAAUUGUGGAUGAAGUGCAAAAAAUCAUACAACGGUUAACCACAGAUAUUAGCAACAAGGAUCCCCGUUUCCAGGCAAUUUCCAACUCUGGCAUUCAUAAUGAGAACAUGAAGGUCUUAGCACCCAACCAGUUCCUCAUCACCAUCCCCUUGCUUGGCCUGUCUGGAUACAAAGAGGGCCAGAAACGACACUGGCGUUACUACACAGCACAUGGAGCCAGGCUCAUUUCUCCCGUCAGGGAUCCAGAGGAUCUGCAGCAAUGGCUGGAAGUUGAGCAGUUCUCCAAGAGCCUCCAACAAUGGCACGAGACAGAUGUGAACAUUGAGGGUGACCUUGUGCCUGCUAAAGUCCUGACUGUCUUCCGAGAGCUUGUAGAGAGAUCAAUUGUGUCUUGCAAUCUAAUGGACAAAAUCAACAUUUUAGAAGGCUUCAGCUCAGCGGUUCGUGUUGCUGUUGAGACAUCUGAUUACCAGGUGGAAGUUGAGCUGACUCCGACUAUUGAGAUUCCAACCUGUUGGCCCCAGAAAAUCAAGUGGCCCCGAUGCUUCAAACGCUGGCCUUGCCAGGAAAAAGUGCAAUGUGUUAAGUCCUUCGGUUUUGAUCUAUUGGCCGCUUCCAAUUACCAUUGGCACCUGAGUUUUUCACGAGCUGAGCACAUCCUGAUGCAAGGACUUGAUGAGGAUGGUGGCUGUCGAAUGAUAUGCUUCCGGGUCAUGAGGCAGAUGAAGGAAGAUGUCUGGUGUGCAGGAAACAGGCCGAUCAUCACAUCUUUUCACCUGCAGAUGGUGCUUUUCUGGACCUGUGAGAAGUACCCUCGCUCCAAAGACUGGCGCUGCUUCCGCACAGGCUUCCUGCGGCUGGUCCAGAAGCUGCACAAGUGUGUGAGCCAGCACUUCCUGAAGCACUACUUCAUCAAGGGCACAAACCUGCUGAAGUAUGCCAAUACCAAUGAUCUGGACGUUGUGGCAAGCAAACUGUCUGUUUUCCUGGAGAACCCUGUCCUUCCCCUCGACUGAGAGAGCUGGGGAAAGCAAGCAUCCCAGCUAGUCCUGGUCCUUCAUCUCCCCCAUAUGGCUAUCCUACAUAUGAUAAGUAAUGAUAAAGAGGACAAUGCAGAAGCGAGGCUGUUUGGGCCCAACUAUUUACUCUGGAGCCAGCACCUUUAAAAUGCAUUAGGAGAGAAAGAGUACAUACUGGUUAAUUGAGAGUGGAGAGUGUGAAAACAGUGCUCACCGAUAUUUCAUUUUUACAAAUGUUAUGGGCUACAGACUCAUAAGCAGCGUGGUUGGGAGCUGAAGGCGAAGAAACUAGUAACUGUAGUGCUCUGGUUGCUCAGUUUACUUCUCCCCAUUUGCAAUAUCAGGAUUACAGGGAGGAUUUGUGUGUUUGAAAAAGUUUGGGAGCAUCUAGAGAGAAGCAUCAAACAUGAGUGUGCACGUAAAGGCUUUUCAUAGGUAGGUAUUCUUGGCUACUAAAUGUUCCAGUUGCUAAGAUCCCUCAUUUCUGUAACUUCUUUGCUUUCCUUACGCUCCUUCUACACUGCCAUAUAAUCCAGAUUAUCAAAGCAGAUAAUCGGGAUUUUAUGUGGCAGUGUGGAAGGGCCUUUGUGCACGGUUAGGUGCAGGGUUUCUCUCCUUGUCCUAUGAUGAUGUCUCAUGGAGGUCUGUCAGAACUUCUCCUCCUUCUACUUGAGAACAUGCACAAGGAACAGUGCAGUACAGCAGUUCGCUAAGAAAUGCAUUGGGGAAUGCAUGCCCGUUUCCCUGUCAAUCUUGCAUAUUAUGAGCCUAUAAGGGAGUCUGUGACAUAUAUUAUGUAUUCAGAUUUGUGUUCCCAGGAAUAGCAAUAUGCAACAGUCUCAAACCCUUUCUGAACUGCAUAACACAAGAAACCCCCAAGAUUUUGGCCUAAAUUGGAAAGUGAGUACAGCUGUCCCUCUUUUGGAUUCAACCAUUCAUGGCUUGGGAAAUUUUGUUGAUUUUGUAACAUGUUGAGUACUAUGUUGAUGUGUAGGCAUAAAAUUCUGUAGCCGCUGCCAUUUCAGAGCCUUAGACUCUCUCUGCCAUUUUACAGCAUUACGGUAUAUAAUGGAACUUGAGAAUCCACAGACUUUAAUAUCCACCUGGGGUCCUGGAACCAAACCAAACUGAGGGCCCACUGACAUAAUAGACAUAUAGACAUAAACCUCCCAUAUUUACUGUUGCUUUUUUCUUCCACCACAUAUACAAUUGCAGUGGAGUUCAAAAAGGCUCUUUGCUCAAGGACUUAGAGAAGGCUAUUCAUUUUUCUGUACUGCAUUGUCCAAUGUCCAAUUGUUAUUUGCUAGUCUCCUGAAGGAGUCCCCCCAGUGGUUCACAGGACAAUUGUACAUACCUUUAUUCUAAUUUUUAAAGAUAUAUUUGGGAGAGAAGAGGAAUGGAAGUGAACAAAAAUAGCACAACUUAUAUUAUGAUAAUUUUUUUAUUCCAUUUUGCUGCACCUUAAUAGCAUGAUUAAACAAUGGCAUUUUCUCUUU